AUGGGCUGCUGCCUUUCGCGCUCGAGUAAUGACGAACCGACAUUCCAUGCUUCCGCAGUGACACAAGAGCGUCCAGAAGAAUCGCUCUCUCAUACCGCGCAGGCUGAACACCAUUCGGGCCAAGAAGCUACCAACAGCUCAUCCCAUCGAGGGGUCGGUCAUCGCUCUCGUUCCAGACGCCAGGGCGUAUCGCUACCAUUAGAUCAACACUAUAACCAGCCGAUCCGGCCCCAUGUAUGGCGUAGCAAGCGUCGCAUUUGGACGCGAUCGCAAAUCACCCAAGAGCGAGAAGAGUUCUUCGAUACUCGGGUUACUGGGCGCGCAGAGGUAUGGGCUGCUCUCCGUGCAGCAGUCUCUUUAUUGCGUGACGGCGAAACAGAGACGGCGCAAGGAAUUGUAGAUGCCGCCGGAGUUACGGUGCCUACAGGUGACCUCUGCGAGGGCUGCUACGAUGAAAAUGGCGUUCUUUACCGCUUGCCUCAAUGCAUCGUCAGCGAUCCAGAUAAUAUCGCAGAUGACUCGGCUUCGGCUGUUCGAAAUGAAAGCCCUGGAGACGAUAUUGAAGAUGGAAUUUUAGACCACAAAAUGGUUACUGACGACUCAGAGGAUGAACUUAUUUCGGAAGAUGCUGAGAGACGCCGUGAGGAGAAAGGUAAAAUGAAUGAGCGCGAUAUGAUCAAGGUCCAAGCCCGACUGAGCGAUCGGGGUGGUCCGGAUGUGAUCGUUGCCAUUGGAAAAACACAGGCUGUUGGUGUAUUGGCUCGCAAAAUUCAGAGUGAGGUCAAGAUACCAAAUACCCAGCGCGUUCGUAUCGUGUAUCUUGGCCAAAUGCUGAGAGAGAACGAGCCUUUGGUUGACCAAGGUUGGAAGCAAGGUCACAUAGUGAAUGCAAUGGUCGUCCCUCGGCCAUCUACUUGA